AUGAGGCCGUCAGCGACAAGGCCGGUGGCGGUGCCACAGCCACGGGACCCAAGGGCCCUGAUGCCGCUGAUGCCGCGCAGGGCGCCGUGGACCCUCCGCCGAGGGAGGAUGAAGCGGCGGUGGUGCGCGGGGUUGGGAGGCGGACAUGAAGGACGCCCCGCCCCGGUCCACGGCAAUAACACUGCGGCUGCGGCUUGUCCCUUUCAGCUGAUUCUUCUGCUUGCCGCUGCCGCCGCGGUGCCAACACUCAGCAAUGGGUGCAAGAGAGAGAGGCCUAUAUCAACUGGCAUGUUCCUGUCAGUAUAUACAUGCACUCUGCUUGUCUGUAUACUUUGUACCAGGGACAUGCUGUAUGCACUCUCCCUCUAUUGUCGGUCGCUAAUCUGGCGGCACCACGCGUGUAUUAUGGGUUGGGAUAAGAAAUUGUUUGACUUCUUCUGGAGGAUACUGUGGGGUGUUUGUGUGCGUGUGCGAGGGAUCUGUGUGGUUUUGAUUUCCCUAUUUUUGUUUACCUGCUUUGGCAUUGUGUAA